AUGUCUAAAAGAAUCAGCAGCAAACGUAGAAAAGGCUCACCAAAGCUGUUGGGCUCUCAAAACUCGAGCAUCUUGGAUUUCUUCUCGCAGGCAAAGAAGGAGCAUGCUACGGAAUCAAAGAAAAAGCCCAAGUUCCAUCAAGGCUAUUCCAGCUUUGAUUCAUUUUUAUCUUCGCCAUUUAAUCAAACACAGAGAAGCAACAUUACGGUGGAGGAUGGGGAAGCAUUGUCAUUAAGCACACAAGAAUCGUCGUUUGAGCUCCAUUCUGAUACUCAAAACAGCCAUGCAUGGUCUGAGGCAAUAUCUGAAAUAGGCGACUUUGACAUGGCACCAUUUACAUUUGAUUUGGAUCAUAUCUCAAGUAACAAGAAUGCAACCCAAACAGACAGCGUAAUAUCCAAUUUUUCUGAUAAUUCGCAGCUGGCCUUCCCGCCAGAGUUCAUUGACUUCAACGAUAUCCAAACAUUGACUAGAGCACACAGCGUUCAUUCCUUUAUCUCCAAUGUAGAAUCACCCAUCAUGUCGCAAGAGACAAUUGUGCACUUUGAAGAUGACGAUAUAGCAGAGAGCAUAAAAUCAACCUUCUCCACACAAGAAGCCCCACCUUCACUGACUGAAAACCAUAUAGAACUUGCACCAGCACCAGCACCAGCAUCAACGAACAAACACAACGAUAGCAAUGAUGCACAUUUACCGCCCAUCUCUGAUUUCAAAUUUGUUAUACCCACAUCUACUGAGAACCUGAACUCUGUCGUCAAACAAGCGCCCAAGCCGGUAACUCGACGCAUAAAAUCAGAAGGCAUCACAGCUGUUGCUCUCAGAACUAUCUUACAAGAGACUGAAGCGCACGAGAAAUGGGAAAAUGCAAUGAAUGCUCAGUUGGCGACAUAUGGAAACAUAGCUCAGAUGUGCAAAGAGAAGGAUUCCAAUGCGGCUUUAUUUUGGAUUCUUGACAGCUGGAUAGAGGGCAAUGUUUUAUUCGCCUGGUGUACAUGUAUGGAUGAAGAUGAUAUUGAUGAAUGGGUAUCUGCAAAGAAAGCGGACGAGGAGAAGGAGGAGACUACGGAUCCGUCCAUGGACUCCACACCCAAUGAUGCUACGACUACUGCUGCCAACAAUGAUGCCAUCAAAAGCUACCCAGAUCAAGAACUGUUGAAUAGCAUGGACGAAAUGCCCGAGGAAAAGUGUUUGUUUGCAUUCUCACUUGCCUAUAUCAAAUCUCGAAAAUACGCAAAGAAGUUCAUAGAAGAAGAGCGAGUAGUGGCAGUUUGGCCUGAUGAUUGGAGUGAACUACAGAUAACAUUACCCAUAGUUGGUCACUGUAUAGCCAAAUUGACGAGCAAAUUCAAGGCAGACUCCAUUUACUAG